AUGGCUUUAAAUGGACUCUUCAUAUCUCUGGUUUUGUCAUUUGGGACAACAGUUGCUUUUGGACCAAUACCUAGAAUCACUUGGGAGCAGAGAGAAGUACAUCUUAUACAUUUUCAGGAGCCAGGAGUCUCAAACUAUUCAACUUUGUUGCUAAGCAAAGUAAAAGACACUCUAUAUAUAGGAGCCAGAGAAGUGGUUUUUGCUGUGAAUUCACUUAACAUUGCUGAAAAACAGCGUGAGAUAUACUGGAAAGUUACUGAAGAUAAAAAAACAAAAUGUUCUGAAAAGGGCAAAUCUAAGCAGACAGAGUGCCUCAACUAUAUCCGAGUCUUGCAAUUUCUCAAUGAUACUGCCCUAUAUGUGUGUGGUACUAAUGCAUUUCAGCCAACUUGUGAUCAUCUGCUUUUAAAAACAUUUGAACUUGUUGGUAAAAAUGAAGAUGGUAAAGGCAGGUGUCCAUUUGAUCCAGCACAAAGCUAUACAUCUGUUAUGGUUGAUGGGGAGCUUUACUCUGGAACAUCCUAUAAUUUCUUGGGAAGUGAACCUAUCAUUUCUCGAAAUUCUCCUCAAAGUCCAUUGAGAACAGAAUAUGCAAUACCUUGGCUAAAUGAACCUAGUUUUGUUUAUGCUGAUGUGAUCAGAAAAAAUCCUAAUGGCACAGAUGGAGAAGAUGACAAAAUCUACUUCUUUUUCACGGAAGUAUCUGUGGAGUAUGAAUUUUUUGGAAAAUUGAUGAUUCCCAGGAUAGCUAGAGUAUGCAAGGGCGACCAAGGAGGCUUAAGGACUUUACAGAAGAAAUGGACCUCUUUUCUAAAAGCCAGAUUAAUCUGUUCCAUACCAGAGAGCAAUUUUAUCUUCAAUGUGAUCAAUGAUGUUUUUAUCCUUAAAUCUCCUGAUUUAAAAGAACCUAUAUUUUAUGCAGUUUUCGCUCCACAGUUGAAUAAUGUAGGGCUGUCAGCAGUGUGUGCAUACAACAUGUCUCUUGUGGAAGAAGUUUUCUCCAAAGGAAAAUACAUGCAGAGUGCCACUGUAGAACAGUCCCACACAAAGUGGGUCCGUUAUAGUGGAGAGAUUCCCAAACCUCGUCCAGGAGCGUGUAUCAACAAUGAAGCAAGAGCAGCCAACUAUAGUAGCUCUUUGAACUUGCCAGACAAAACACUCCAGUUUGUGAAAGAUCACCCUUUAAUGGAUGAUUCUGUGGUUCCAAUGACAAACAGACCAAGGCUAAUAAAAAGAGAUGUGAAUUAUACACAAAUUGUGGUUGAUAGGAUCCAGGCACUUGACAAGACAGUAUAUGAUGUCAUGUUCAUCAGUACAGAUACAGGGGCCCUUCACAAAGCAGUUAGCUCUGAAAAUGGGAUGCACAUCAUUGAGGAAACACAACUGUUUCAAGACUUUGAACCAGUUCAGACCCUUCUGUUCUCUUCUAAGAUGGGCAAGAAGUAUAUCUAUGCUGGUUCCAAUUCUGGUGUGGUUCAGUCUCCUGUUGCUUUCUGUGAAAAACAUAGCACAUGUGUAGAUUGUGUAUUAGCCAGGGAUCCCUACUGUGCUUGGAAUCCAUGGAAAACCUCAUGUGUUGAUAUCUUCAAAGAACAUGGCAGCAACAGCAGUUUGAUUCAGAAAAUGAGUGGUGAUGCAUCCUCUUGUACUGAUAAAGAUGAUAAAGUAAAAGAAAAUUACCUGCUGCAUUUUUUCAAGCAUGGAGGCACAGCAGAAUUAAAGUGUUCUCAAAAGUCCAACUUGGCUCAAGUAAUUUGGAAGUUUCAGAAUGGUGUACUAAAGGUGGAGAGCCCUAAGUACCGCCUUGUGGGGAAGGCCUUACUCAUAUUCAACUUAUCAGAAGGGGACAGUGGGGUUUAUCAGUGUUUAUCUGAAGAAAAAGUGAAGAAUAAGAAAUUCUCUCAAGUGAUUGCUAAGCAUGUUUUGGAGGUGAAAAAGAUCCCCCACACUACUACUGUGAGCCCUACCAUGACAGCAGCACAAACAGAAGCCUCAUCUCCUAUACCUUUCCCUCCUACUGGUACCUCCUUUUUGUCCUGUGUGGGGACUGGCUCACCUUCAUCCACCAGCACCCAGUUUGAUGUGGGCUCUGGCACAGAAAGCCCAGCGGUCAUAUUGUUGCCUCCUUUCCUAAGUGACCAGUCACAGCAUGUUAACGUCCAUGGGAUCUUUCACCUCUUCUGUCAGGCAAUUGGUCCCAGUGAUGUGCAUGUUAUUUGGGAGAAGAAUGGACAAAAAAUAGAUGUGUGUGUCUCUGUUCAGACUCACGUACUGCCUGAUGGCAAAGUAUACUAUUUUAGUUGGGUCAAAGACACACUAAGAGAAAGUUCGGAGUAUUGUUGUUCUUUUCUCUCUAAGACAGGGAAUGAGACUUCCAAAGCCCGGAUCACCGUGGACAGACAAGAGGCCACUCAUCAAGAAAGCUGGACUAGAGAGCUCAAUAAUUGGAAGAGUGUGGUUAAUGAGCAUGAUCAAAUGAUGCAGAACUGGAAAAAAGCAUGGGAAAGCUGUAAUGAGGACAACUAUUUAAACAAGAGGCUGGAGAAAAACUGAUGAAAAACCACAGAAGUGAAACCUUCUAACCACAGCACUUCAAAGAAGAUUCUACAGAGUUUAAAGCUGAUAAGAAUGGAGAAAUCAGAGCAAGAUUUUUGGCACUAUUUUGAAUAAUUAAAAAAAGCUACUAAUGAGAUCUUCACAACUUGAAUACUGUUUUCUCUUAAGAUGUAGAAGUUUAUGUUUUGUUCACUAAUACAGGAACAUAUAUAAUCCUUUCAUGAUUUCUUUUGGAAAGCAAAGUUGGAUAAGAUGAUGACUUGUACACAGGUUAUAAAGAGUCGAUGUGUUCUUUCACUCCAAGCUCUUAGCCAAGUUGAUUUAAGGUUAUCUUGCUAUAGUUAAGCCUGACAAAUAAAUGUAAACUGUUUAAAUAUAUUUUAGUGUCCUUAAAGAUUUUUUUCAUGUCACACAACUAAUCCUUAAUUUGUUCUGAAAAACUUUUUUUUUUAUUGUCAGCUUGGAGGUAGAGCAGGAGGGAUGACCAGAAAAGUGAAAUCCCACCCCAAACAUUAGCUGAGUAACCCCACAUAAGUCAUUUGCUGCCUCACCAUCCUCAUUUGUAAAAUGGAAAUAAUAAUGCUAUCUGCCUCAAAGGAGUCACCUGGAUUAAUACAUGAACCUUAAAAGCACUCCAUACCUUUAUUAUGUCUGAAUAAAUGAAUUAGGGCAAAGGUGAAAAAGUAAUGACCUCAAAGGAGUCAUGACAGUCCAUUCUUUAUGAUCAGUCUUAAGCUUCAUUCUCCAACAUGCUGCUUUAUAAUUUCCAUUCUGAUUACUAGACUUUUUAGUCAUAUAAUUCUCCUAGAUUUGGGAAAGGUGAAAUUUUACAUAAUCAGUUUCUGUUGAAACAAAUUUUUGGUUGAAAUUAAUGCAUGAAAUGGGGAAAUGCUCUCAGGGAUUUUGAUAUAUUCAUUGAAGAUAUUCCUAUUCAUAUUAUUAUGAAUAACUUCUCUAUUGCUAUCUUGUAAUAGAAGGUGGUUUAUGCCUUCAUAAAAAUCUAUGUACUCCUUAGUUCUAUUUUUAAACAUGGAAGUCUUACUGGUUUUCAUAGCUGUCUCACAACAAUCCAUGUUUUCUUAUGUUUCAGGUUUUUUUUUUUUUUUUAAUUUUAAACCCUUAACUUCUGUGUAUUGACUUAUAAGGUGGAAGAGUGGU